AUGGCAUCAUUUAACAAACGUCCCGUUAUCUUUGCACUUUCGAAUCCUACAUCGAAAGCCGAAUGUACAGCUCAAGAAGCUUAUGAAACUACCAAUGGCCAAUGUGUAUUCGCUUCAGGUUCACCUUUUCCAAAUGUUGAAUACCAAGGAAAAACUUACGUACCUGGUCAGGGUAACAAUUCAUAUAUAUUUCCUGGUGUAGGCUUGGCUGUUGUGACCUGUCGUAUCCGGCACAUACCCCAAGAACUAUUUUAUAUUGCUGCAAAAACUCUUUCAAAUUUAGUAACAGAAGAAGAUUUAGCUGUUGGCCUUGUCUAUCCACCUAUUGACAGAAUUCGCCAUGUAUCACGAUGCAUCGCUGUCAACCUUGCUGAAUAUGCUUAUGCUCAUAAUCUAGCCGCUUUCUAUCCCAAGCCCAACAACUUGGAUGAAUUCAUUAAAUCAAACCAAUACACGGCCGAAUAUCAAGAUAUAUUGCCAACAAAAUGGGAAUGGCCAAAACUGAAUUAA